AUGAAUCCCCCAUUGGUUUGGUUUAUUCUUAUUCUUACCUUCCUUUCAUCUAUUCCGGUGACUGGUGCACAAGUUAUCUCAACCUCUACAAAAUCGGAUGUCUGCGGAUGCAAUCAAACAGUGAAUCUGCUUGCACGUUCUGAAUAUUUUAAAUUCGACACUAACAUUCCUGAUGAUCAAUUGGUUCUUAAAAAUUUAUUUACCCCUCCUCAUAAUUUAACAUUUAUAAGGAGCAAUGCUAGCAUGACACCAACAUUAACAUUUUCAGUUACCAAAGGCCCUGUUGAUCUUACAUCAAUACACAUCGUUGGUAGUCAAAGUGAAUUCAUUGCUUAUGUAACACUAGCCAGUUCAUCAGCAAGAAAUGGUAGAACAGCACUUGAACCAAUUCGAUCUAAUAAAGGUGUUAUUGAACAAUGUUUUUAUCAAGUAUAUGGCAUUACAUUGGAGUUAGCUAAUUUAACUGUUUCACCAACACCACAAAUGUUUCAAAUGAAUAUAACAGCAUGUGAAAC